AUGGAGCAGGCCAAUGUGAGCGUCUAUUAUCAGGACCAGGUCCAGGGUAGCAACAGGCUCGAUGGAGCGGUGGUUGAUGUGAGUGUCUAUUGCCAGGACCUGGGCCAGGGCGAUAGCAAGCUCCAAGAGGUGGCGGGGUGCCGAUGGCUGGACGAGGAGCAGAUCCGCCAGAAUUGGAAGCGCGUGCGUAGAAACAUUGAGCUCGCACUGGCGCAGCGCUACAAUGAAGGACGUCGUCCAUUCAGAGUGCAACCGGGGGAGAGCGUCUUUUUUGCGACACGCCCGCCGCUGCACGUGUCGGCCGGGGAGUGGGAGGCGGGGGUGGGGGGUGGCAGCGGCAACAAAGCCAGCCGGGCAGACGCGCCGCGCCGCGUAAUUGUCGGCAGCGGCGCAGCACGCGAAGCCACGUGGCGCGGCGCGGCGUUCCUUCACCCUGCGCCCUGCGCCCUAAUCACUGCCGCAGCCCGCGGGGGCGGCGGGGGCGGCGCUUAUUUCGGGAGCCGUGCCGCAGAGGGCGUCCGCCGCAGCGCCGCAGCCGGCCGGGCCUCUCUCUCUCACUGUACGCCAGCUCUGCAGCAGGAGACUCUUCCACCGGCGGCGCUCUCCUGUCUCCAGGCUCCCGCGGAAGCGUCCUUCGCGGUCGCGCUCGCGCCAGCUGACCGGCUGCGCCACUUUUACUGGAACAUCCUGGCCACCAGCUCCGGCGUGGUUGGUCACGAACUGGGUGGGGGUCCCGCCAGACGCCACUCGCCCCGCGGCGCCUUCUUCACGUCCCUGCCUGCACGCGCCGCCGUGUGUCGCCCUCAGUCGACGACCAGCUUCGUGCUCGCCGCCGCCGCCUCCGCCGCCGCCGCCGCCGCCGCCACCGCCGCUGCGCUGCUCGUAGUCUGCGCCUCCCUGCAAGGCGCGGCCGGCAACCCCGACGCGAAGCGGCUGUACGACGACCUGCUGAGCAACUACAACAAGCUGGUGCGGCCCGUCGUCAACGUCAGCGACGCGCUCACCGUCAAGAUCAAGCUCAAGCUGUCCCAGCUCAUAGACGUGAAUCUGAAGAACCAGAUAAUGACGACGAACCUGUGGGUGGAGCAGUCCUGGUACGACUACAAGCUGCAGUGGGACCCGCGCGAGUACGGCGGCGUCGAGAUGUUGCACGUGCCUUCCGACCACAUCUGGCGGCCCGACAUCGUCCUCUACAACAACGCCGACGGCAACUUCGAGGUGACGCUGGCGACCAAGGCGACGCUGAACUACACGGGCCGCGUCGAGUGGAAGCCGCCCGCCAUCUACAAGUCGUCCUGCGAGAUCGACGUCGAGUACUUCCCGUUCGACGAGCAGACGUGCGUCAUGAAGUUCGGCUCCUGGACCUACGACGGCUUCCAGGUGGACCUGAGGCACAUCGACGAGGUGAAGGACUCGAAUGUGGUGGAGCUGGGAGUGGACCUGUCGGAGUUCUACACGUCCGUCGAGUGGGACAUCCUCGAGGUCCCAGCCGUCAGGAACGAGAAGUACUACACGUGCUGCGACGAGCCGUACCUGGACAUCACGUUCAACAUCACGAUGCGCCGCAAGACGCUGUUCUACACGGUGAACCUCAUCAUCCCGUGCAUGGGCAUCUCCUUCCUCACCGUGCUCGUCUUCUACCUGCCCUCCGACAGCGGGGAGAAGGUGUCGCUGUCCAUCUCGAUCCUGCUGUCGCUGACCGUCUUCUUCCUGCUGCUGGCCGAGAUCAUCCCGCCCACGUCGCUGGUGGUGCCGCUGCUGGGCAAGUUCGUGCUCUUCACCAUGAUCCUGGACACCUUCAGCAUCUGCGUCACGGUGGUGGUGCUGAACGUGCACUUCCGGUCGCCGCAGACGCACGUCAUGGCGCCGUGGGUGCGGCGCGUCUUCAUCCACAUCCUGCCGCGGCUGCUCGUCAUGCGCCGGCCGCAGUACCAGAUCGACAAGCGCAGCUUCGGGCUGGCGACGUCGGCGCACCGCGUCAUGGUGCGCACGUGCAACGGCCUGGAGCUGCGCGACUCUUCGCUGCUGUCGGCCGCCGCCGCCGCCGCCGACUCGUCGGCCUCGUCGGAGCUGGUGGCGGAGCCGUCGCCGCACGACUUCUUCCCCAGGCUGCUCGACCACGAGUUCACCUCCAGUGUAAGACAGGAAAAAGAGUACGCAGGCAGCUCAGACUCUACAGGGUACAAGCCUACAGUUGGCAACACUGCUGACGAGCAGGCCACACAGAACUUUUCGGUGAGGAGACUGCGCGGACCGCUCGGACCUGCACCUGCCCCCCUGCCGUGCAACAUUAAUGAGCCCGGGGGCCCGGAGCGGCCACAAAAGAAAUGGAGUCGGCGCCGCGAGCGCCACAAAGGCGGCGCGCUCCGGCCCUCAUCUGGACAAGUGCUCCAGUGCUCCGGUGCUCCAGCUCCAGCGCUGCUCACCUGCCGCAGCUCCAGCUCCCUCGCACUCUGCCCGCUGAAUAUCUUACCAGGCACUAAGAGUCCGGCGACAGAGUGCUACGCCUCGCGUACGGUGCACAACGGCUUCCCGGGGGCGGCGCGGCCCGCCUCCCUGCACUGGCACCGCUGCCCCGAGCUGCACAAGGCCAUCGACGGCGUGCGCUUCAUCGCCGACCACACCAAGCGCGAGGAGGACUCCACCAGGGUGAAGGAGGACUGGAAGUACGUGGCGAUGGUGCUGGACCGGCUGUUCCUGUGGAUCUUCACGCUGGCCGUGCUCGUGGGCACGGCUGGGAUCAUCCUGCAGGCGCCGACGCUCUACGACGACCGCGUCCCCAUCGACGUGCGCCUCUCCGAGAUCGCCACCACCACCGCCAAGCCGCACGUCGGCAGCGCCCUCUAGCCGGGACCGCUGGAGGAAACGUGGCAGCCAGAUCAGACAGUUCGGUGCCAGCAAGGCAGCGGGCACCGGCAGAGAGUGGGACACGCGGGGCGUGUUCUCCGGGAACCGAGCAGGCGGGCACGCGGUCGGGGUUGCAGACUUGUGACUUACCACCUGACCGAGCUCACAUGCAUAAUUAGUUGAUCCUGCACACAGAAUUUACCUAUACUAAGUACACCGUUAUCCUGCACCAAAAAAUUCUUCAUUAAAAAACAAUUCUGUAAA